AGCGCAACCGACCUCAAGACGUGAAACUAGAAAGAAAAACCACCACCUGUCGAGAACCACAGAACCCACAAAGAAAGGAUCCAAAAAACCCAAAAUUCAACUCGACACAACCCCAACCCCAGAAAGAAAGAAAGAAAACACACAAAGAUGUCGUCGUCAAUGCGCAACGCCGUCCAGCGGCGGCAGCACCGCGAGCGCGCGCAGCCCCUGGAGCGGGCCAAGUACGGCCUGCUCGAGAAGCACAAGGACUACUCGCUGCGCGCGGCGGACCACAAGAAGAAGCAGGCCACCCUGAAGAACCUGCGGGCCAAGGCGGCCGACAAGAACGAGGACGAGUUCUACUUUGGCAUGAUGAGCCGCGGGGCCAGGGGUCCCGUGAGGGGCGCCAUCUCGAGCAAAGGGCGCAAGUGGGACGGCAUCGUGGACGGGGACCGAGGCAGCCUCAAGGGCAUGGAUGUCGAGGUCAGUCGCCUGCUCAAGACGCAGGACCUGGGGUAUCUGCGGACCAUGCGGAACGUGGCGAGCAAGGAGGUCAAGGUGCUGGAGGAGAGGGUGGUUGCGCUCGUGGGGAGUCUGGAGGGCUUGGGUGUCAAGGCUGCUGGAGGUGUGGAUGGCGAAAGUGAAGAUGAGUUUGCUGGUCUGGACGACGACGAUGAUCUGGACGAGCGGCCGAGGAAGAAGAAGUAUGUCUUCUCCGAGGCCGUCGAGGAUCGGGACGACAUGGUCAUGCAAGUCGACGGCAAUGACGAAGACAUGGACGAUGAAGACGAUAACUCGUUGGGAGAGAAUGACGACCGGAUCGAAUCGCGGCAAGCCCACAGCAAGAAGCCAAAGAGGCAAACACAGCACGCUCCCACGAAAGAGGAGGCGGAAAAGCUGCGCGCAGAGCAGAAGCAGGUCCUGCUAGGCAAGCUGGAGCGGCGGCUCGAGUCCGCGCGCCGGAAAGUCGCCGUGCUCGCGCGCGCCGAGAACAAGCUCGAGCUGCAGCGCGCGAAGAUGGCCAAGACUGCGACAGCCACGGGAGGAGUUAACAAGGCGGGCAGGAAGAUCAAGAUCCGCGAGCGGAAGCGGUAAAGGAUGCAGACGGGCAGGACGGCAAGCAGUGGGUAGUGUGUUGAGGCAUCCAAAGUCUCGUUAAAGAUAGGAGUGACUAAGGACCAAGAGACACUUUUGGGAUCAGAGGGCGUUCUGGCGUCAUAGAGUCUUUAAAGCAUCAACAGGAGCAUAUUAUCGUGUCAAGAACAACUGAUUCCGAG